CAACGUCCUGCGACGCGACUGCAUCCGCUCAGUCCUCCACCAUCGCCACUGCCCUUCGCGCGCCUGCAGAGAGCUCGCCUUUCCUUGUUGCGACAUUUGGAUAUAGUGAAUACGUAAUUGAUUAUGGACUUACAAGCCAGCCUCCUCUCCUCGUGGUGUGUUCAUGUGCUUCUCCUCUUGAUUCGUCUGCCAGGCAUCGAAUCUUCAUUUGCAGCCUUUCUGACCCCCCAGCAAAUUACCAAAACGCCCAUUCCUUUGUCGUCUUCAAAGAGCAUAGAUAUCGACUUGGGGGAGAGUUGCUGGAAACACCUAAAGACCCUCUCUGUAGACGUGAAAUCGGAGAAACGAAGAUAUCAUGUUGAAAAGUGCUUGGAGUGCUGUGGCGACGAUCUGCAUCUCAAAUCAAUAUUCAACAAUUGGAUAAGGCUGUCAGACGGUAGUGCGUCUGCUGCUCAAUGUCUUCUGAAAGUCUCGGAACUACAAGGCAAAGUUUUAAAAGAUACAUUCUGGUUAACAUCAAACGGGGAUGUACUAGUAUACAUAGGAAAUUCCUCCGAUAUCGUUAUCACUUGGGAUUUUCUUCCUUGGUACCAAAAGACAAUAGAAAUUAUGUUCCAGUGGAUAGGCAUAAUACUGCUCUUGGUGGUGAUAUCAGGAAACCUUCUUGUUUUGGCAACGAUGGUUUGCAACAUGAAUAGGCAAGAUCCAAGCUGCAUAGUAAGGGCUUCCCUCGCUGUCUCGGAUUUUUUAAGAGGCAGUUUCGUCAUGACAAUGGCAAUUAGAAAUACCGCGUGGCUUAUGACGAACAUUCCACGCGCGCCCAAUGUGAGCUUCACCCCGGACAUGGGAUUCUCUGAGUACUUGUGUCGAUCUCUUGCAAUUGGCACGGUUUACUCGAGCUUCAGUGCUGUUCUCUUUGAAACUACCUCAGUCAUGUCGCUCCAGUGCCUGACCUUCCUUUCAGCAGAAAGAUAUUUAGCAUGUAAGUAUCCACAAAGAACAAGCCAGACAUCCAGUACGGUCAAAGCAGUCAGCUUCGGUAUGUGGGGCAUCGGGCUCGGACUCCCUCUGGUGAUUCUUUUCACCUCUGAAGAGGCACCAGGAUGUGGAUUCUUCGAUCCGUCUACUAAGCUCUUUAUUCUCCUACCUAGAGCCGGAUUUGGCCACGCGCUACACUAUUUGCUUAUAUUCUAUAUGGCUGGGCUUUUUGUGUGCACCGUCUUAGUAUUGUUUAAGACCAAACAAAUAUUCAUUGCAAGUUCUAAGGAUGGCUUGGCAAAUAUCAUGAAGCAAAGUUCACCGUCACUAGUGAAGCAACGGAAGAGGGAAGACCAUGACAUCCUGAUGACGAUGAAAAUGAUGCUCGCACUGUACCUUCUGAGUGUAAGCCCGCGCUUCCUUCUGCUUAUACCCGGCCUCCAAAGCGAAGGGCGGUUUUUGCACUUCCUUUUCUGGUGGAUCUUCCUCCUAGACUCAUCCUGGCACUGGUACGUCCUCAAUCUGCGCAGUCAGGUCUUCCAAGAUCAUCUCGUGAGGCUAAUCCUACGGUUUCCUUGGUGGCCCAGAUCUUUCAGAGCAACGCUGAAGUCCAAGCUGUUACCUGACGCAGGUCUCACUGUGGAGCUGGGUCACAUUUGGCAGAUGAUGGAGUCUGAGAUCAGUGGGAGAAAUCAGAACCACCCAGCAGAAAAUCUAUCAUGAUUGUAUGUAUUACAUAUUCAGUAUAAUCGGUAAAAUAUUAUCCUUUGAUUGUGAUGAACAUGUGCUUCU